CAGCACCUACACAAGAGAAAAGAUACUGUGGGAACCCAUCCUAUGGUAAAGCCCAGCGAGUAUUAACACUUAAUGAUUAGGUGUGAAGUAUUGUUGAGUCUUGAGUGCUGCUGUAAAAUAGACGGUAUAAAAACACAGCACACAGCCAAUCUCCAGCUCUGAAUAAUACUCUCAACAGGGGCUCUGUCUCCUGCCAGUUAUCCUCAUUCGAGACCUCAAGCUGAACUUACAGCUGUCUAUUAUUUUCCUUCCCCUUAUUGGUCAGUUGUAUGAAAUUAAUACAAAGUGUGUAAAAUGUGGGUGAACUUUGCAUGAGGUAAGAUAUCCCGCAAGGAGGAGACAGGAGGAGGUGUAAAACUUGUCUGCUUUACAGAUAAGGAGGCCUCAUGGCAGUGGGAACUAGAUACAAGACAAGCCUAAAGUUUUCGACGGCAGAAAGAAAAAUCACGUGAAUUUUGAAGUAACAUUAAUCUUUUUUUAAUUCAAACAUUCAAGCCAGAUCAAUCAAACCUUUUACUCUUACAGUGCUAGAUCAGGACAAAAGUUAUCUCAGGACACUUACUCUCGAAUGUUCAUACAAAUGAAUCUACACUUGAGCAAGCACUUGGCAAAAGUCGCAAGGAUAAACUCCCUUUUUCAGGUAGCCAGACACCCGACAGCCAUCUGCUGCAAUUGGAUAAACUGAGAAAGUGGGAUAAAGGGUGAAACAUAAAGAAAUAAAUCAGGUAAUAUAUGAAAACAAAAACAUCAGCAGUCAAGCAUCUCUCAGUCCUCCUAAAGCUUCUCACAGCCUCGCCAACAAGGUGUCCAUCCUACCAACGUCAACAAUCUCGGGAGCUCUGCUGCACCCCUGCUUUCUGUCUUGAGUGUAUUUUAAGAGGUCAGAGUUCAGACCUCUCACUGGGACUUGUUUAUCACUCCAGGGGUUAUGUGACCAAGGCAGGAGGGUACAGAAGGGGGAGGGAAAGAGGAGUUUGUUCUCAAGUGGUCACCUCUAGGAAAGCUCCCAGCCAGAAGCAGUGGCCUGCGAUUGAGAGGAAGACAUGGUAUAAAAGAGCCAAAGGGACUGGAAAUAGAGACGGAUAGAGUCACGGUUGACACACAGUGGGAUUUUUUUUUGAGUGGAAUAUUUACUAAAAGAGAAAAAGCAGCUUUGAGUAAACAGCCUUCACCACUGGCCUGUAUUUUCCGAUAAGAGAAGUCAGCAUGGCGCUGGUGAUAAAUUAUUGGAUGUGUUUGGUCGCUCUAUCAUUGACAGUGACCUCAAGCCGAGCUUUAGUACGGUAAGAAACUUUUCCGUCACAUACCUGUUACGCUUUUAUCCAUAAGGAAACAUUAAUGCAGUGAAGCAGAUUCGAUUUGUUGUGUAAUUGCUUUCACAUAUGGGAAAAACUACGGCAGACAAGUUACAUCUACAACAAAACAAACUAGGACAGCAAAAGAAAAGCAUUUUAUGAGUUCAUUACUAAAGCUGAUGUUUUCAGUACUGCUUCAACACAUGUUUUUGUUCCUUUCGCUGGCUGAGAGCUGAGAACAAAGCAGUCUGUGCUUUAUUAAACUCUCAUUCUUGUUUCUGGGAUGAUGACCAGGCAUAUGUAUCAGAUUGUACCAGAUAUAUAGCUUGAGAAAUACACAACAGAAAUUUCUCCUCUAUUUGUAUGGUGGAUUCGUGCUCUGUGAUGUUUAGGAAGAUAGAUGAACUCACUCUCGCUCGUCUGGUUUGUUUCCAGAAUUGGCCUGAGGAAGAUGCCGUCUAUCAGGGAGACGCUGAGGGAGAUGGGUGUUUCUACAGAGCAGGUGUUGACUGAGCUGGCCCAGAUGAGCGCAGAUGACACCAACAACGGCACGGUUCCCACACCUCUGACCAACUAUUUAGAUGUGAGAAACUUUUGGGGACUUCUUGUUCAGAGGAAAAAUUCUUAAACCUCUUUUGAUGUAUCUUAAUCAUGCAGGUUGAAGGUAAUUUACAUAAAAAUGAUUAAAUAUGCUCUUUGGGACUGUAAGAAGAAAAAAAUCAAACAUCUGACCACGAGUUAAAUCAACAAACUCAAGAGGCUUCAUCAGUCUUCUUGACUGAGUGUAACAGCAGAUCCAAUUGCCUUCAGUGAGCAGUGUAUCCUUCCUGUUGUGGCACAAUAAAGUACUGAAAAAAGGAACAUUGAAUAAACAUAAAAAGGAUCUAGACUUGACUUGCGUUUGAUGAAGGGAAACAUACUUUUUUUCACUGUUUCCUGACAGACCCAGUACUUUGGGGAAAUCAGCAUCGGCUCUCCGGCUCAGCAGUUCAAUGUCGUGUUCGACACCGGAUCAGCCAACUUGUGGGUGCCUUCACAGAGCUGCUCACCUUUCUCCACCGCCUGCUGUAAGUAUCCAAUACCACACAUCCAUGCCAGGAAGUUAUAUUUACUUAACACAGCUAUGAAUCACAACUAUAUAAUUAUGAUGUCUCAAACAACUGUGUGGAAAAAGAGGUUUUCUAAAGAGAAAAGACCCCCCAGGGGAGGAUUUGUACCAUAUUGGCAGCCCUCCUUGGCGUCAUAAGGCUUUGGAGCUCAGAGUUCAGAUUUGGGUCAAACACUCAGAUGUUUAGGUUUACUCUUACAGCUGUAGUUCAGCACAGUGAGGUAUUUAGCAGCUAAAAAGACAGAUAUUUUCCAAAGCAUUGGUAGAGACGAAAAUUACCGGGAAAAUCAGAGCUCAAAGGGAGUCAAUAUUGGACAAGGAUUCAUCAGGUGACCAAAUAAAAUUAUAUAUCUUAACUUCCGGACGUGUAACCAACUCUUUUAGGCUGAUGUUGUGAUCAGCCUAAAAGGAGAUAUGUCCAACAAAUUAUGUAAAUGUUGUUUUGUCUAAAUAAGAUCUGCUUUAUUUGCUCAUAAACUUCCCUGAUACAAAGUUGUUUUGUUACUCAAAUACACUUUGAACUCUUAGUUACUCACAACAGGUAUGAUGCCUCCAAAUCCAACACCCAUGUUGAAAAUGGUACCGGGUUUUCCAUCCAGUACGCUUCAGGGAACGUCAGGGGGUUUCUGAGCGAGGAUGUGGUGGUGGUGAGUUUAAAGUUAAUGAUCUAUGACUCACAAAAAGAAGAAUCGGUUUUAUCUAUCUAUAUAAAACCUUUUAUUUCUUCACAAAGCUGUAAUUUUGUAUUAAACCUCAUCUUGUUUGUCUCCUCAAGGUCGGAGGUAUUCCUGUGGUGCAGGUGUUCGCCGAAGCCACCUCUCUGUCUGCCAUGCCCUUCAUCUUUGCGAAGUUUGACGGCGUCCUGGGGAUGGGUUACCCGAACGUGGCCAUUGACGGCAUCACACCGGUGUUCGACCGCAUCAUGUCUCAGCAUGUCCUCAAGGAAGAGGUGUUCUCAGUCUAUUACAGCAGGUGGGUUCAAGCUGAACCAUCUGACCUCAUCUCUCUGGAUUUUAUUUUGUAUGAAAAAAACUUCUGAAGUAGCCAAAAGAAAAACAAAACAAGGAGAGGAAUUUGACAAAUGGGGAAAGGAGGGAUCUGACACUGUCUUAUUUAAACAAUUUUUUGGUUCAAUUUUUUAUCUAUAAGGUGGAGCUGGAAGAAAAAAAACAUCUGAUGAUAAAGAAAACCAAACAUUAAGAUCAUCUUGAAGAUGACAAAAAUGCUUUUUUGUUUUUCUUUGACGUCUUUACAUAUUUCUUUCUCAUUUAUCAUACUCUGGUGUUGAAGAAAACAGUUUUAAUAGGCCUCAUAGGAAUGAGUAAUUCAACUUUAGAACGGGAUAUGAAAACAAGCACAGCAAAAAUGUUAUUUCUCAUGACUCUCUAGGGAUCCAAAACACUCCCCAGGUGGAGAGCUGGUCCUUGGCGGCACUGAUCCAAACUACUACACUGGUAGCUUUAACUAUAUGGAGACAAGAGAGAUGGGCAAGUGGGAAGUGACCAUGAAAGGGUAAGACCUUUGCUGCGUUACUUACACAGUGCGUGUUUGCGCAAGCAUGCCGAAUCAACAUCUGUUUUAUUUUCCACCUCUCCUUUCAUUCUUUCAGUGUUUCUGUUGGGGUGGAGAUGAUGUUUUGUACUGAAGGCUGCACAGCUGUGAUUGACACAGGCUCCUCCUACAUCACAGGCCCGGCCUCUUCUGUGUCUGUGCUGAUGAAAACCAUCGGCGCACAGCUGGACGAAAGCGGAGUAAGGUUUUUACACACACAACAUGGUUUUCCUACUAUAAACAUUUAUUAUAAAAAAAGAGCAUAAUUACAGUCAACACCUUUUGUUUUGUGUUGCUUUUAUUAGUACAAAGUCAACUGUGACACUGUCAAGACGCUGCCCACUGUCACGUUUCACCUGGGUGGUCAGGAGUACUUGCUGACUCAAGAAGAUUAUAUCUUAUGGGUAAGCAGGAUGGUGACAGCUGGGUCACUGUAAUGUCAACAAACACGAGUGAAACCACCCCAAAAGCUGUUUUUUUUUUUUAUUAUUUCCAUUUAAAGAUUUUGUCCGCGCUCUGCAACAAUAAACAUGCAACAGCAGUGAUUAGUCCCUUCCCUUUGUGGGCCAUGUGAUCAAUCUAUAAAAUAUGAUACCUUAUUGUGGCUUGAGGGCCCGGCACAUGAACAUGCACACACUCAGGUGUUUUCACUUAUGUGGCUCAUUAAAGCUGCUCAGGAUGAGCGAAAGCACAUGCCUGGAUUUUCAUAGGCUCAUUUUGUACUGAUUUGAAAAAGGAACAAGUUAAUUCUUAUCAUGCAUGAGGUCAAGUCCACAGAAAUUUUUAAAUCGUUGUUAUACAUCAAACACAUCUGCACAAGUUGAACAAAGUGUAUUUUCAUCCAAUCAGUGAUUUUUUAGGGUUUAUCAUAUUAUGCCUUUUCUUUAUGGCUCCAGCAAACACAGAUCGAGGGGGAUGUUUGCACUGUCACCUUCAGGGGUUUGGAUGUGCCGCCCCCAGCAGGUCCCAUUUGGAUUUUGGGAGCCAACUUCAUCGCCCGCUACUACACAGAGUUCGACCGUCGCAACAACCGGAUAGGGUUUGCGACAGCAGUGUGACAGGAGCUGAUAAAUCUGCCUUGUUGUUCUGUUUUCAUUAUUUCUCUGUCUCUGCUGCUAUCUUUUUCAUUUAUCACACAGGAGCGUGUCCAGGCAGUAGCCAGGGGUGGCAUGGCCCUCGUAUAAUCCUAUGACUGGCUGUUCAGAAGUGAUAUUUUUAUUGAAAUCAACCAUUUGGGUUUUGUGGCAACAAGCUGCUGGAAGCUUUCUAUAAAGUAUGACUUUGGGCUACAACAUAAAAAUUAAUAGGAACAGAAAGGGUACAUAAAUGCUUUUCAGUCUUGUGUGUGCACACAUACUACAUUUCACCUCGUUAAAGCCCCAGCAUGCCACCCCAGUCGAGAGCGUCUGGACACAACCCUGGUCUGACUUCCCCUUUUACUGCUUUUUAUGAUCCUGAUCAAUCCUGAUCAAACUGCAUCUGUUCUUUAUGAAACGAAUCACGAGUGCACAAUGAGAAAAUAUUAUCUCCUAUUUUUUUUGGCAAGUUUUUCUUUCCUAAUACUUCGUACCAGUUGCACUGAAUACCUUCUGAACUGUUUUAUUUAUAAACAUUAUUAAGCAAAUUCAAUGUGUCUUUGUGUUACUGCUGUUUUUAUUCAACAGCAACAGUGGAAACCUGCAUUGUAUGGAUGUAAUGAGAAUAAAGUUGUUUUCCUGCAGGGGUUCACA